AUGCAUAGGAAGAAAAUAAUGUAUGGACUCCUUUCAGAAUACCUCACCAUUAUUAUUUUAAUUACCUCAGCCGAGGCUUUAAAAAGUAGGUAUUUAUCACCCAACCUGGAUUCCGAACCCACUAUAUCAAUCUUAUACGCCAGAGACAAAAGAAGUGACCAAAUAACAAAUGAAUGUCUCACGGAAAUGUACCCAAGAAAUUUGUACAAAUAUCCUUUAAAUAUCGACAGGAAUGAUAUCCCCUGUAUCAUACAUUGCGUGUUAAAGAAGUUCGGAAUUAUGACUAAUGAUGGAUACAUUAAUAUAAGAAACUAUUACAGAAGAGUGCAAGCCAUACAUAGAUACGAUCCAAGAAUUUUAAUAUCAGACGUGGGUGAUACGUGCGCUCAGAACAUUAACGCUAUGAACUUGGACCAUGAUGUGUGCAAAAAGGCAAAAAUUUUCAACGAUUGUACACAGUUGUACGCGAUAUCUUUCAGAGAACCAGAGUGGUAG